AUGAUGGGACGAAUCCCGUGCUGCGAGAAGGAGAACGUGAAGCGGGGGCAGUGGACACCGGAAGAGGAUCAGAAGCUCUCGUCUUACAUCGCCCAGCACGGCACCCGCAACUGGCGCCUCAUUCCCAAGCACGCCGGUCUCACUUCAAAAUCGAGUCUCGGUCUGCAGAGAUGCGGGAAGAGCUGCAGACUGCGGUGGACUAAUUAUCUGAGGCCGGACCUCAAACACGGCCAAUUCUCCGAGGCCGAGGAGGAGACUAUAGUCACUCUUCAUUCCGUACUUGGAAACCGAUGGUCGGUUAUAGCAGCACAGCUGCCGGGUCGGACGGACAACGACGUGAAGAACCAUUGGAAUACAAAGCUGAAGAAGAAGCUGUCGGGUAUGGGGAUCGACCCGGUGACCCACAAGAAGUUUUCACAUCUCAUAACCGAGAUCGCGACCCUUCCACCGCCACCUCAGGCCCCGAGCCUGGCAGAAGCAGCCCUCGGCUGCUUCAAAGACGAGAUGCUUCACCUUCUGGCCAAGCGCCGUAUCAAUAUCCAUCAUCUCCCCCCUUCCCCUUCCCCUUCCCCUUCCGCUCCCCCUCCCGGGGCCCACCUCAAGAGCGAUGUCGAGAAGAUUCGAUUUGGCCUCUCCCGAGCCAUUAAAGAUCCCGGGAUGAAUGCCAGCAAGGCGUGGGACCACCACAACAAUGCUGCGGGUGGGUACCUCGAGUUUACUGGGGCGGACGUGGGCUUUCAGUAUGAGUUUGACGGGAACAUGUCACCGUGGAGCCAGAGCAUUUGCACCGGGAGCACGAGCAUGGCACCGAUGGGGCUCACGGCGGAAAAGGCUGAGUGCGAGGAGAAUGGGAAGGGUAGUGAUGGAUCUGAUGAUAAUAAUAUGUUCAACUCAGACUGUUCGUUGUGGGAUUUGCCGCCUGAAGAUCUUAUGAACCCGACGCUGUGA